CUCCGCCUUCAUGACGGAAUAGCUCCAGUUUGACCAGCUCGUUGGUAACCUAAGCUUCAAGGCUUAUUAUGGUGUAUACCUAGACGAAGGCACCUUUAUGCCAAUCACGUCGUCUCUCAUUUAUACCCCGGUGAAACCCCAGCUGCAGCCCGUCAGAAAACCCCGCUUAGCCCUGCGCGCCCUUCACCAACGCUCGGAAGGGCGCCCUAUCCCACUUGGCUUUAAGCAAGCACUCAUCCUGAGUCACUCUUAAUCCGUAAACACCUUCUGGCCCUCGUCUGAAAGGGCGCGAUUUUGACCUUCCCCCCAACCAAACACCCGUCCAGCGUCAAGAACUUUAGUCUCAAUGGAGAACCAGAACUACGCAGGCUUCCAGUUUGGAAUGGACUUCAGUAACAUGAAUUUCGCCAACACUGCGAUGCCUAACCUGUCCGAGGGUAAUACCGACACGGACUUCUUUCUGUUCGAUGAGGGUGUCGACACGGCUUAUAGCCAGUUUGAUUCCUCUUUCGCUUCGAUGAAUACAGAAGCGUAUCAGAACCCCACACUGAACCAGACGAUGGAUAAUACCUUGGCGUCAGGUUCAACAUUCAGUCAACUUGACUUUACCUCUCCAUCACAGAUAUUCGGCACAUAUCCAGUGAAUUCUAUGAAGCGUCCGCUGCAGAUCGAUACGCAAGAUGCUCCCCAGCGGAAGCGGCAUCAAGGUGCAGGGUGCAACAGCAACUUCACAUCCCCUCUUCUGUCAUCCGCCUCAAGUAUUGUGGAGGUCGGCCUUAACGACCAGGCGGCUGAUGUGUGCGCUACCUGGUUCAGCAAAUACAACGUGCUCCCAAGUGACCGGCACAUCGAGUCUUUAAGCCAGUUAACAGGGGAACCGGCUGCUGCCAUCAGGGCGUGGUUCGGUCAAAUGUUGAAGCAUGGGAUUGCAGGUCAUGACUCUGCCUACAAGUCACAGACCAGCUUGACACAGUCGCCACAACUCGACGACACUCAGAACCAAACUCAGUUUGAGGCAACUACCCUCAGCCGCACUUGCGACAGCACCACAUCGCCUCUGCGUGGUGGGAAGAAAGGAUGCACACCCACCAAUGAUCCCGACCUUCUCCGCCGGGAUCCGAACAAAAUCUUCCAGUGCACCCGGAAAUGCGGCAAACGAUACGGGCGGAAGUGCGACUGGAAGCGAAACGAGGAAGAGGGGUAUCCUGCUGUGUCGUGGAAAUGUAGCUUGUGCAUCAGCCAGGGGGUUGACAAGGUGAAGCCAUGCUUUAGACGAUAUCACUUCAAACAGCAUUUUGGGAACAUUCACCCAGGCAUGAAUUUUGAAGACUAUGAGAAGGACUCCCUGAUCCGUACCGACUCCACUUUCCCCCGCCACUGUGGAUUCUGCACUCACCGGUUCGAGUCCAGGCAGGACAGAAUCGAUCAUAUCGCAGAGCACUUUGCGAACGGGAAGUGCAUGCUAGACUGGAAGGAUCCAGAAGACGACCAAUCCCCAGAUGAGGGCGACGAUGAUAGCGGCGAUGACAACAAUGCCCCCGAUAGUUUCCAGGGCGGUGAGGGUCCGUCCAGCGGCCGACCUGAUGGGCAAGACUAUUCGGGCGGCAAGCAGGACGAAGGCGGUGAUGGCAGCAACGGCUACAAUCCCUUCGGCGGAUUCGGCCAAUACCAAUACCUUUCGACCCAGCUAUCGGACGCUGUGCCCGCAUCUGGCUCAAACCAGAGUUCAGGGGAGCCUUCUGGGUGCCAGCUCGCAGACGAAGAGUGCUUCAAGGUCGGAGAAGUAUCUGGUAUGAACCUGGUGCUACAAGAGGUGGGAUUGGAUCAGGGUAAGGAAGAGCGGUGCUCAACGUUCACUCAGGAUGCGUGCCGGCUGGAGAAGAACGUGGGUGCCUCUGAGGCAACCAUCCUACCUUCGCUCGAGAGUUGCUGUGACGAUGGUUUGAACACCACGGUAUCGCUGAUCCCAGGGCCCUCUCUUCCUCCCCCACCAUUACUUCCACCCGUAACACAAGGCCUGAUGCCUUACACGUGCCAUCACUCACACGAGAAUCAGUCUGCGGUGCAGAACCUUGAUGAUGAUCACAGUGGCAUUGUUAGUGAAACGGUAGACUUCAAACAAAAGAUGGUCCUUCAUGAAAAGGCGCUGGAAGGUGAUCCAACGAGCAAGGGAGCCGGUAAUGGCUCCCUGUGGUAUUCAGACGUCAACACGCUACUCGAAGAUAGAAGAUCUGCCUCACCAGGGGACCCCUACCUGGAGUCGCAGUCCUUCCUAAGUGUCAAGCUCCUUGGUGCUGGUGGCUUCAGUACAGUCGAUGAAGUCGUCCAUCAAGAUACAAAGCUCAGGAUCAGUCGCAAGACACUGAAGAACCGCGAAGAGUCGGCGAUUGAAGAGCUCAAGAAGGAAGUCGGUGUUCUUCAGAAGCUCCGCCAUCCCCAUAUUAUCCGUUUCCUCGGUGCCUAUGCCAAGGAUGAGAAGGUCUCGAUCCUUCUCACACCUGUCGCAGACACGACGCUAGCCGUAUGGCUCCAGCGCAUGCAGACUGGGGAGAUACAGAGACCUGUUGGCCUACUGGACACGGUCUUGAACAUGUUCGGAUGCCUGGUUUCGUCGAUCAGGUACCUCCACGAGCAGCGCCCCGUAAUCACACAUGGCGACAUCAAACCGCAGAACAUCUUGGUCAUGCACAACAACGGGGAGAUGCCGCAUGUAAUCCUGAGCGACUUCGGUGUCAGCUCAUUUACCGAUCAGCAGGAGGAUACCGCGCCACUAACUCGCCGCUACUGCGCACCGGAAAUUCCAUCGGGUGUGAAGCGCGAUCAAGCCGCCGAUAUUUGGAGUCUGGGAUGUGUCUUCAUUGAGAUGCUGGUUACUGCACUGGACAGGAGCGGAACUCAAACGCUAGAGUUCCGGAAGCAGUUCUCCGGACGCCAUGGCAAGUAUUACUGGCAGGAUCUUGCUGGCUUGCACGGUUGGCUGUGCACCUUCACGGACCAGGCAACCAACGCAAAGGAGCUGGUAGCCCUACAGACGAUUCAGUCCACACUGAGGAUGGAGCCCAGCGAACGUCCCACAGCAGCCGAGUUGGCACUAAUCUUCACGCCUGCGGCGUGUUGUCUGGCGUGGGCGAACGAGCAAGCGUCCUUCCCAGCACCGCAUGAAGAGCUGGACAUGGUGCAACAAUUCCUCAAGGAAGAAUUCAACAAGGGACUUGAUGAGGUAACCAGCCCUGGUGUCUUGCCGCUGUCGCAAAUACCCCAGCCAAACCCAUCGCCGGUACAGCUGAAGGAGUGGCUUGACAAGUGUACCCACGGCCAUGAAUCCUGCCAUUCACGCUCACCCGAGGCCGGCAAACUACCCACUCGCCUACUGGAUAUCCGGCCUGAUGAGGCGGACAACGGUGCGGAUAGACUACAGAGCAUUCGACUCAUUGACACCGCCGAGUUGGCCGGUCCUGUCGAGUAUGCCGCGCUCAACUAUACCUGGGGCGAUGACGACCUUACCCUAUCCUCUGCGAUGCUGGAGACCGACCUUUGCCUGAUUCCGCGACCCAUGCUUUCCACGCAGCUCAACGACGCCAUCACGGCAGCAGAACAUAUGGGCCUACGCUACAUCUGGGUCGACUCGCUCUGCGUAAUCCAGGACUCGGAGGCGGACAAACAACAGGAAUGCGCCCAGAUGGCAUCGACCUACCGCAACGCCCUCAUAACCAUCGUCGUCGGCCACGCCAACGAAUCUGUCAUAUCGACUGACAUGACUUCCGAAGCAUCAUCAUCAUCCACAUCGCCGUCCACGCCCAGCCACCUCCAGAAGGUCUGGCAAUCCGCCGGCUUCGCCUGGGAUACACGCGCCUGGGUACUCAUGGAGCGUCUCCUCUGCAACCGCAUCCUCCAUCUCACCGAAGGCCAGAUGUACUGGGAGUGUCACUCGCUCAAGGCCAGUGAAACCUUCCCCAACGGUCUGCCGUCGCUCGUCUGGGAGAAGGUGCAUACGAAGCCCUCGCCCAAGCAAGGGUCGGCUUGCUGUCAGCAGAAGAUUACCGUUUGCAAUGAUCGCCACCGCAGGGGCUCGCCGGAUCGCUCCCUAUGUUUAGGGCAUCCAAAGUGUUAAUAAGAAAAGAAGAAGAAAAAAAAAAUGCUGAGGGGGAUCUACCACGGCUUUCCACGUUCGACUAAACAUUUCCUUGCAAUUUCUUCUGUAGGUUAGAUUACUUGGUCAAUGAAUGCAACGCAAUUUCGUAG